UCGUCGCGUCAGUCGCACGUUCGCCGCGCUCGUCAGCUGUUGUAUAAAUAAUAACAUCGCGAAUUAUAUCACUGAAUAUUUUAUACACUUCGCCGCCACAAGUGCCUGAAAGUGGUUUUAGUGGAAUAAACGCCCGAUACAUACCAAUAGGAAGCAAGCGGGAUUUAAUUUUAAAUUGUGAAUGUGACGUGCUCAGAGUUAGCGUCUUAUUGGAUUGUCGGAGUCUGAGAUUCGUCUGGUCCAAACCUAAUUUUAUAAUGAAGGCGGAGUGGCGAGGCUCGCAGGAUGCCGAGGGCGCCGCGCGGCCCCCCGCCCCUGCCGUCCCACCAGCUCCCUAGGAGACCUAACUUAACCCUCAAGUGUCCUUCGAUAAUAUAACGUCUAACUUUUUAUACGCCUCUUUUAUACCGACCUAUAAGUAUAAGCACGCACAGUGUUAGUGUUAAGAGUCGCGCGCGAGUGUGUGUGUAUGUGUGUCGAUGGUGCGGCCGACAUGGGAAAGUCCUCGGCGAGAACACAUGGCCAAGAGAACGAACGGAGAAUCAAAGCGAACAACAGAGAGUACAACGCGCAGUUCCGCUACGCCAACAACUACAUCAAAACAUCGAAGUACUCGAUCGUAACGUUCUUGCCAUUGAACCUGCUGGAGCAGUUCCAGCGGUUGGCGAACUUCUACUUCCUGUGUCUGCUGGUGCUGCAGCUGAUCCCGGCCAUAUCGUCGCUCACACCCAUCACCACCGCCAUCCCACUAAUAGGGGUGCUCGCGCUCACCGCCGUCAAAGACGCCUAUGAUGACUUUCAACGCCACCAAAACGACUCCCAAGUGAACCACCGGCGGGCUAAAACAUUACGCAAUGGGCGGCUCGUCGAGGAGAAGUGGGCGUCGGUGCAGGUUGGUGACGUCAUCCGGCUCGAGAACGACCAGUUCGUCGCCGCCGACAUCCUGCUGCUCAGCAGCUCCGAGCCCAACGGCCUCUGCUACAUCGAGACGGCCGAGCUCGACGGGGAGACGAACUUGAAAUGUCGUCAGUGCCUUCUGGAGACGGCCGCGAUGGGCCAGGACGACGCCCAGCUCGGCGCGUUCGACGGCGAGAUCGUCUGCGAGACCCCCAACAACCUACUUAACAAGUUUGAUGGCACGUUGAGCUGGCGAGACCAGCACUUCUCGCUGGACAACGACAAGAUCCUGCUCCGCGGCUGCGUGCUGCGCAACACCUCGUGGUGCUAUGGCGUGGUCGUCUUCGCCGGCAAGGACACCAAGCUCAUGCAGAACUCCGGCAAGACCAAGUUUAAGCGCACCAGCAUAGAUAGGCUACUCAAUUUUCUUAUUAUAGGGAUAGUAUUUUUCUUGCUGUCGAUGUGCGUGUUCUGCACGGUGGCGUGCGGCGUGUGGGAGUGGCUGGUGGGGCGCUACUUCCAGGUGUACCUGCCGUGGGACACGCUGGUGCCGGCCGAGCCCGCCUCGGGCGCCGUCGUCAUUGCCUUCCUCGUAUUCUUCUCCUACGCCAUCGUCAUGAACACUGUCGUGCCUAUCUCGCUCUAUGUCUCCGUCGAAGUAAUAAGAUUUGCGCAAAGUUUCCUCAUAAACUGGGAUGAGAAGAUGUACUACGAAAAGACUGGGACCGCCGCUAAAGCGAGGACUACCACCUUGAAUGAAGAAUUAGGUCAAAUCCAAUACAUUUUCUCGGACAAAACGGGCACUCUGACGCAGAACAUAAUGACGUUCAACAAAUGCUCGAUCGCCGGCGUCUGCUACGGCGACGUCGUCGACGAACACACCGGCGAGACCAUCGAACUCACAGACAGCACAGAACCGCUGGACUUCUCCUUCAACCCGGAGUAUGAGCCGGAGUUCAAGUUCUUCGAUACAACACUGCUGGAGGCUGUGAAGCGAGGAGAUCCGGAUGUACACGAUUUCUUCCGGUUGCUCGCUCUCUGCCACACCGUCAUGCCUGAACAGAAGAACGGACGACUUGAGUACCAGGCACAAUCUCCGGAUGAGGCGGCUCUAGUGUCUGCGGCCAGGAAUUUUGGGUUUGUCUUCAGAGGACGCUCGCCUAAUAGUAUUACAAUAGAAGUUAUGGGUAAAACAGAGGAGUAUGAGUUGUUAUGUAUAUUAGAUUUUAAUAAUGUUAGGAAAAGAAUGUCCGUGAUAUUGAGGAAGGAUGGUGAAAUUAGGUUAUAUACAAAAGGUGCUGAUAAUGUAAUAUACGACAGAUUAAAACCUGGUAGUCAUACGGAUAUGAAGUCAAAAACGCAGGAGCAUUUAAAUAAAUUCGCGGGCGAGGGUCUCCGCACCCUGGCGCUGGCGUGGCGGCGGCUGGACGAGCGCGGGUUCACGGAGUGGAAGCGGCGCCACCAGGCCGCGGCGCUCGCACUGCACGACCGCGACGAGCAGCUCGACGCCAUCUACGAGGAGAUCGAGACCGACCUGCUGCUCAUGGGAGUAACAGCGAUAGAGGAUAAAUUGCAAGACGGAGUACCGGAAACGAUAGCAAAUCUAAGCAUGGCUGGAAUCAAGAUCUGGGUAUUAACAGGAGAUAAGCAAGAGACGGCGAUAAACAUCGGGUACUCGUGCCAGCUGCUGACGGACGACAUGGCGGAGGUGUUCGUGAUCGACGGCGCCGGACACGACGACGUGGCGCGCCAGCUGGCCAAGUGCCGCGACAGCAUACGGGUCGUCAACACCUUCCUGCCACACGGCUCGACAGACCCGAAAACUCAAAAUCAGCCGGAGACGGCCAACGGCGGCGCCGUGCCGCGGCCGUCGCCCGGCCGCGCCGCCAACGUGAAGCUCAACGCGCCCGCCGUCUCCGUCGUCACAUUUAGGUGGGAACAUAACACAAUACCACACAGCAACGAGUACGUGUCGGGCGGCGGGCCGUACUCGGCCGAGUCCCACGAGCACACCAACGAUGAUUCUAACGGGUUCGCCAUCGUCAUCAACGGACACUCGCUCGUACACUGCCUGCAUCCCAAACUCGAGGAGAAGUUCUUAGACGUAGUGCUGCAGUGUCGGUCAGUGAUCUGCUGCCGCGUGACGCCGCUACAGAAGGCGAUGGUGGUGGAGCUCAUCAAGAAGAGCCGCAAGGCCGUCACGCUCGCCAUCGGCGAUGGGGCUAACGACGUAUCCAUGAUCAAAGCGGCCCACAUAGGCGUAGGCAUAUCAGGCCAGGAAGGCAUGCAGGCAGUCCUCGCCUCAGACUACUCGAUCGCGCAGUUCCGCUUCCUGCAGCGGUUACUGCUGGUCCACGGCCGCUGGUCCUACUACCGCAUGUGCAAGUUCCUGCGCUACUUCUUCUACAAGAACUUCGCGUUCACCGUCUGUCACUUCUGGUUCGCGUUCUUCUGUGGAUUCAGUGCGCAGACGGUGUUCGACGAGAUGUUCAUCUCGGUGUACAACCUGUUCUACACGUCACUGCCGGUCCUGGCGCUGGGCGUGUUCGAGCAGGACGUGUCGGACGCCACGUCGCUGCAGUUCCCCAAGCUGUACGCGCCCGGUCACACCUCGCAGCUCUUCAACAAGACAGAGUUCAUCAAGUCGACACUACACGGCUGCUUCACCAGCCUUGUACUCUUUCUCAUACCCUACGGUACUUAUAAGGACGGUUUAGCGCCCGACGGCAAGAUAUUAUCAGAUCACAUGUUAUUAGGCAGUGUAGUUGCAACUAUAUUGAUUAUUGACAAUACUACACAAAUAGCACUGGACACGACGUACUGGACGGUAUUCAACCACAUAACGAUCUGGGGCUCCCUGGUGUCCUACUUCGUGUUGGAUUACUUUUACAACUACGUGGUGGGCGGCCGCUACGUGGGCUCGCUCACCGUGGCGCUCACGCAGGCCACCUUCUGGUUCACCGCCGUGCUCACUAUGAUCAUCCUGAUGGUGCCGGUGGUGUCGUGGCGCCUGGCGUGCUCGUGGGCGCGGCCCACGCUGGCGGAGCGCCUGCGCGCGUCGCUGCGGCGCCGCGCCGCGCAGCCCGCGCCGCGCACGCCCUCCACCAAGCGCGCCCGCCGCAGGUCCGUGCGGUCGGGCUACGCGUUUGCGCACCAGGAGGGCUUCGGGCGGCUGAUCACGUCCGGCAAGAUCAUGAAGCGCAUCCCGCACAUGGACGCGGCCGUGUCGGCGCUGGCGUCGCUGCCCGGCAAGUUCCAGCCGCGGCCCGCCACGCCGCCCGCGUCGCCGCCGCCCGCCUCGCCGCCCUCGCCGCCCUCGCCGCGAGCGCCGCGCCAGGACCUCGGCUCCGUCGAGUUAUGAGCCCGCGCCCGCCGGCACAAAACGGCCCGCAGUAUUCGAUUCGAUCUCGAGACGUGAGAUGUACAUACCGUAUACUAUACGUAGCUAGUUAGAGUCGGCCGCGACCUCACGCCGCGGCCCCGCCCUCGUCCCGCGGGCGCUGCGAUCUCGACGGUCUCGCCGCGUUAGGACUUUAGUUUCUUUAGAGGCUUCUCUCCCUUUUGUACUUAUGAUUUGAGACUCGAUCGCAGUCGACGCGGCGGGUCGCGACCGCGGCCGACGGAGUCUCCGCUAUCGAUAGUUAUCUUUUCUUAAAAAGACGAAUUGUACAAUAUAAGAUCGUGAAGUUUGUAAAUACUUAAAGAAUUACAAACGAACCAUAAUUUUAUAAAAAGACGGCAUAAUGUCGUCGCAACUCAUAUUGUGAUAAUGUUAAUAGAUUUAAAAAUUCGUAUUAUAUUAUUGCCUAUAUUAAAUUAUAUUUGUUGAUCGAGAAUAUAUAUUGAUAGAUAUUUAUUAUGGUACAUACUAAGAUUACUCUUUUAUAUCGGGAAAGCGUAGUUAUUUCGUAAUGUUCCUUUACAUGUGUAGACGAUGUAGUUCUGUUACAUGCGCACUACCCAACGAUCCGACUUUUUGAUGUUUUGUUUAGAUCCCGGUACACGGAUCAAUAUCAAAAGUUAUAUCAUAUUCAUGAGAUUGUUACCAAAAUCAGUAAUUUAUAAUAUUAGUUUAUAAAAACAAUGCACUGUCUACUUAUUAUUUUGCCGAUGUUUUUGUCUUUUGUUUUUACUUUAUUUAUCAGCUGGUUACACUUUCGAGCUAUGUUUUACAUGCUUUAUGAUUGUCGUCUGUGUCCGAGACCCUAGUAAAAUGUGCAUUUAAACUUGAUAUAACAUUCGCAACCAGUAGGAGUGAAGUGUCAUCCACAUGUUUGUAAUUCAUGGUAGUGCCAAAGCCCAGUGUAUGGAACAUUACGCCUGUCAAGUGCAUUUUAAAACCGUUUCAUAGAUAUCCUCAACAUUGAGGAUAUCUAUGAAACUCUCUUAGAAAACUAUUGCACUCUUCGUCAUUGAGUAGACAAUUUAGAAACAAGAAAGAAAGCAUGAAUGCAAUGUGUGUAACUGCAAUAUUACCAUAUGAUAAUGUCAAAACGUUAGGAUGACUUGUACAGGAGUAUAUGACGGACACUGUACGCGUACUUACUGUUUUCGGGUUUACAUAAUUAUUGGUACUUUGCAUCAAGUUGCCGAGAAUGUGAGAAAAAUCAUUGUAACUCGCUCCAAUUGUAUGCGAAUGUUAAACAAUAUUUGCUUUGGAAACAAUUUUUUUUUAAUAAAAAUGUAACUUAAAUAUAAA